AUGUUCGGCAAGAAGGAGAUGCGUAUCCUCAUGGUUGGUCUUGAUGCCGCUGGUAAAACCACCAUCCUUUACAAACUGAAACUUGGAGAGGUUGUUACCACUAUUCCUACUAUUGGAUUCAAUGUGGAAACUGUGGAAUACAAGAACAUUUCAUUCACAGUUUGGGAUGUCGGUGGUCAAGAUAAGAUCCGUCCUUUGUGGCGUCACUACUACCAGAACACGCAAGGUUUGAUCUUCGUUGUCGAUUCCAAUGAUGCCGACCGUAUCGAUGCUGCUCGGGAUGAAUUGCACAGAAUGUUGAACGAAGACGAAUUGCGUGACGCCGUCCUACUGGUUUUCGCUAACAAGCAGGAUCUUCCAAACGCCAUGAGUGCCGCUGAAAUGACUGAUAAGCUUGGACUUCACGGUCUUCGCCCAUCUUACCGUCAAUGGUACAUCCAAGCAUGUUGUGCUACUACUGGAGACGGUCUUUACGAGGGUCUUGAUUGGCUUUCUGCCACUCUUGUUAAGAGGAAGUAA